CAUGCGCGUUGAUGUUGCAAACUCGGUUCGAAAUGUCGGUGAAUGUUUAGUUUGCAAAAAUCGCAAAAAUAUAGCAUAAUUUUGUAUUACUCAGUAAAAUUUCCACAUCAAAGCUCAACAUUUGACAACACACCAUUGGGAGCAUUAUUGAAUAAUAUUUUGUGGUAAAUCAAAUUCACUAUUUAUCAUAACUAUGCGUAGCAGAACAGAACUAGUCACAACUCAACUGGAAGGUUCCGAGUUCGAAGAUGAAUCGGACUUUGAAGACUCAGAGGAAGAUUGGCAACCGGCUAAGGGAGAACAGAAACCUAAGAAAGUAAAGUCUUCCGGUCGCGGCAGAAAAUCGGCCGUAACAAACAAAAACGGAGCGAAAAAACGUGGCCGCAAACCAAGCAAAAAAUCCAAAAAGAAGUCCAGUGAUGAGGACAAUAUCAGUGACGAUGACACAUCGGAACCAGAAUCCACUCCAGCUAGAAAACCUAGAAAAACGCCUAAAAAGCCAGCAGACUCGAACGUUUCGGCAAAUGAUAGGCCAACCGGUUCCCCCUCUUCUCAACCUGCAACAGCAUUUAAACCGGAACCGACAACAUCAAUGCUCAGUACGGCAGUGACUGCAGCCAAACCUCAACCACUUCAACGCAAGAUUGUCACUCCUCUCAAAAGUUUUCCGGAUAAAUGUGGUUAUCUGAAUCUAUUCAUCUUCAAAGGAGACUUGAAGGAUGGUAUCGUAAACAACGCACAAGUCUGUCUGUGGCGGCGGGAUGGUUCAAGUUUGUUGCAAAAGUACCUACGAGAUAAAACCGUUCUCUCCAAUGUCCCGCAAUUCAACUCGUCAAUGGUGUAUUCAUGCUGGGAAGAUCGGCGGGCCGAUGAGUAUUUGGAAGUCAAGGUCCGAUGUCUCGAGCAAUCCAAACAGAUUCGCGUAGAACUGACGGAUGUUGACGAAUUGGAAGCCAAAUCGAAAGAAGAGUAUGAAACUUACGUCUCCACAUAUGGCACUCCUGUACCCCGCUCCAGUAAAACGAGGGAGGGCAAUAGCUCCAACGAUGCUGCUGCUGCUGACGGUGCUGGUGGUGAUGAAGAUGAUGACGACGACGACGAAUGUGAUGAAGACGAUAUAAUGGACGAAGCCGGAGACGAUCUUGUCGAUGGUGAAGGAGAGGAAUACGAAGAAGAAGAAGAAGAAGAAGACGAAACCGAGGAGGUUCCGCAAGAGGAGUGAAUUGCUAAUUCGAUGUCUGUUUAGUUCCUUUUGGUUUGCUGAAGGUCGAUGAAGCUAUGAGAUUCUGAUUUCAAUUCGGUUAAGGAAACCUAAUGAAAGCAAUGCAAAAUAGCAUUUUAGAUAAAGUGCGAUCCAGUGUGUAGCUAUAUGCGGAGGCAUAUUCCUUAUCCUAACUGUUCUCUAUCAUAAUGUGUACUGGUUGUACUAUCACAUAAUAAUGUGUAAUAUGUCGAGAUAAUUCUAGUGGUUAAGGUAAUUUUAUGGAAUGAAUGUGUUUUUUUUCUUGUUUAAAGAAGUGAUGAAUCGCAGCGUUUCUUUUCUAUCUAUAAUUACAAGUCGUUUCUGACAUACCAAUGUAACCGAUUAAAUAUUCAUUGUUUUAAAUGGAAAAAUAUCAACCAAUGCAAUAUGCAUGAACUAAGCAUUCAUGGAAUAAACUUUCUUUGAAAUU